GAAUUCAGCAGGAUUUCCAAGAUCCAGCUUUACAGAGAGAGUCAAGGAGUGGCUCGUGUUGAAGUAUCAAUUCAUGAAGCCAAGCCUCUGGUUUUACUCAUGGAAUGGCCUGACGCCAGUAACUUUGCGUGCCUCAUCUCUGGCUACUAUAAGCUAUUUGUAGACCCCAAACGAACCAUCUACGUUCGUAACUUUGGUCAGUCUCAGCUGACCAAGCCAGAUUACAGAAGUUCCCAUCAUCCCCACCCACGAGCUGGGGCAGCCGGAUUACAAAGUGGAGGGCGGCGAGGGGAGGAGAGGGAAAGUUCGCACAGGGAGUCAGGAAGUUCAAGAUCCAUGGUCCCUGCAGAACCUCAACAUCUAGGCUUGUGUCACAUCCACCUUAGAGAGCAACAGCAAUUUCAGGAGCUCCAAGUGCACCCAGAGGCAGAACUCGACAUCAAUGAGAACUUUAUCUCUCGUGAGCCCCCUGGUCGACCCCGUACCAAAUCAGAUCCUACACAUGAGAGUACAGAGGAAAUAGCUGCGGUGUUAGAGAGCCCAGCUGUGGAGAACACAGGAUUUCGAGUGAGGGCCCAAACAAUGGUUCAAUCAAAGAAAACCUCACGGUACUUCUGUGACUCCUGCAAAGCCAGACUAAGGGCCGAGGGUCACUCAGCGGCCGCAAACAGCAGUGGCAGCUCAGGGAGACAUUGCUCCAGCGCGUGUGCCUCUCGAGAUGGAGGGGCUGUAGACCUCAUGGCCCUCCCACCUCCUGGAAAUGAGGAAGAGGAGGAGGCAAAUGGUGGAGGGGAAAAGCUGCAACCACCACCUCCUGCCAUUGCUGCUCCACCACCUGGCUUCAGGGACAACAGCUCUGACGAGGAUGACCCAAAAAGAGCAAAGAAAGCACGAUCCAGUGCAAGUGUUGAGACUGCCACAGGAAAGCUGGCACAAGCUAAAGAAGAUGUGCCUGUGACACUGAUUGAUAAUGUGGCCACAAGAACAGUUCGAGAUCAUGCCCAGGAGCUUGAUGACGCUUUGGUGUCCACUUUACAGGCCCUUGAGGCUUUGGCAGCCUCUGAGGACUUCCCGCAUCACCCUCAACAACCAACACAGACUGCAGGUCAACAGCCUCAGUCACACUACUGCUCACAUUUCACUUACAGCAUUCUUUUUCUGAUCAAACAGAUACCAAAUUGACAAUACAUGGUAUUACUGAUG